AUGCCUAUAGAGAAUGAUAACUUGGAAGGAGUUGCCGAUCAAGCUCUGCUUUUGCUCAAUCAAAUGAAGCGGAAUCCAGAUGUUAUGCCACCGUAUAACGAAGACGCUAUGCACGCAUGCAUUGCCAAAAUGAACGAGCUUUAUAACUUGAAUAACGAAUGUGUGACACGGCUGCGAUCACAAGGUGAAAAGGCGAGUCGUGAACUUGAAGCACUGAUAGUUUGUCGAGAUGAAGCUCUUCAGCAUAUACGUGUAGGUCACGAGUACUAUGUGUUUGAGUACAUCUCUUACGGCUUUCAGAUAUCUUAG